AUGUCAAAUCUUGGAGGUGAACUUCGUAUUUCAAAUUUGGAAAAUGUGGUGAAUGUUCAAGAUGUAAAGGAUGCAGGUCUAAAAUUAAAGGAUAAACUUGAAAGAUUGACACUAAUGUGGAGUUUUGGCUUGGAUGGUCCAGGGAAUGAAAUGGAUCAAAUGAAUGUCCUUGACUAUCUAAAACCUCCAUCGAAUUUGAAUGAACUCAGAAUUUUUAGAUAUGGUGGUCUAGAAUUCCCAUAUUGGAUAAAGAAUGGCUCAUUCUCUAAAAUGGUGAAUCUACGUCUCUUAGAUUGCAAAAAGUGCACAUCUUUACCAUGCUUGGGGCAGUUAUCAUCGCUCAAACAGUUGUUGAUUUCUGGAAAUGAUGGAGUAACAAAUAAAUUAACAAUCGAUGAAUGUAAUGAGACGGUCUUGAGAAGUGGAAUUGAACUCACCUCACUCACUGAGUUAAGAGUUUCUGGGAUUUUAGAGCUAAUCAAAUUGCAACAAGGAUUUGUGCGGUCAUUGGGAGGGCUUCAGGCUUUGAAAUUCUCAGAAUGUGAAGAACUCAAGUGUUUGUGGGAGGAUGGGUUUGAAUCGGAAAGCCUUCAUUGCCAUCAACUUGUACCAUCGGAAUACAAUCUUCGUUCUUUGAAAAUAAGUAGCUGUGAUAAACUGGAGAGGCUUCCAAAUGGAUGGCAGAGUCUAACAUGCCUGGAAGAAUUGAAAAUCAAGUAUUGUCCAAAACUGGUGUCAUUUCCAGAGGUAGGUUUCCCACCAAAGCUGAGAAGUCUUAUUCUUCGAAAUUGUGAAAGUCUCAAGUGUCUACCUGAUGGGAUGAUGCGAAAUAGUAACGGCAGCAGCAACUCAUGCGUCCUUGAAUCCUUGGAAAUAAAGCAGUGUUCAUGUGUCAUUUGCUUUCCAAAAGGGCAAUUACCUACCACCCUUAAGAAAUUAAUCAUAGGGGAGUGUGAAAAUCUAAAGUCUCUUCCAGAAGGAAUGAUGCACUGCAAUUCCAGCGCCACCCCCAGCACCAUGGACAUGUGUGCCCUUGAAUACUUAAGUCUAAAUAUGUGUCCGUCUUUGAUUGGUUUUCCGAGAGGUAGGUUACCCAUCACUCUCAAGGAACUCUACAUAAGUGAUUGCGAAAAGCUGGAGUCUCUACCAGAGGGAAUAAUGCACUACGAUUCCACAAAUGCUGCUGCUCUUCAAAGCCUGGCUAUCUCUCAUUGUUCAUCUCUCACAUCCUUCCCAAGAGGCAAGUUUCCCUCCACCCUUGAGGGACUUGACAUUUGGGAUUGUGAACACCUCGAGUCAAUUUCAGAGGAGAUGUUUCACUCUAAUAAUAAUUCAUUUCAAUCUUUAAGCAUCGCGAGGUAUCCUAAUCUCAGAGCCCUACCAAAUUGCCUUUACAACCUCACAGAUCUAUAUAUUGCAAAUAAUAAAAAUUUGGAAUUAUUGCCUCCGAUAAAAAACCUCACUUGUCUUACAUCGUUUUUUAUCUCCCACUGUGAGAAUAUCAAGACCCCCCUAUCCCAAUGGGGCCUUUCUAGACUCACUUCUCUUGAAAACCUCUCAAUUGAAGGCAUGUUUCCAGAUGCAACUUCCUUUUCAGAUGACCCCCACUUGAUUCUUCUUCCUACAACUCUUACCUCCCUUCACAUUUCUCGUUUCCAGAAUCUGGAAUCCUUAGCCUCCCUAUCUCUCCAAAUCCUCACCUCGCUUAGAAGCCUAGUGAUCUUCAACUGCCCUAAACUCCAGUGGAUUUUUCCAAGGGAAGGACUGGUGCCUGAUUCCCUGUCAGAACUACGGAUUUGGGGGUGUCCACAUCUAAACAAAUGUACUCAGAGGAGAAAGGACAUGAUUGGCCCAAGAUUGCCGAUAUCCCCCGUGUGGAGAUACAUGACUAAUCCAUCUCUGAGCAAUAAAACAGUAUGCUCAAAUAGGUUGCACAUCCUGUUGGAGCAGCAAUGUCACAGAAGAUGUACAUUAUGCGAGUAUUUGAAGAGAAGCAUCUGAAUUUGGAAACUACUAGUGUGCCUCUACAACCUCAGAAUUCUUCACAUAAGAAAAUGUGGAUCUCAAGUCCCUACCUCAUCAAAUUGUCCCUACCUCAUCAGAUUCAAAGUCUCACAUCUCUUCAACAACUUUGUGUUGCACAUUGUUUAUGUUCUGGAGUUCUUUGAGAAAGCAGUUUCAUGAAUACACUUGCAAGAGUAUUAAGACCCCUUAUCUUUGUGGACCCUCCAAAGAUUCACCUCUCCAAAAACUUAGUUCAUUCAUUUUAUAUUGCACAUUGUUUAAUGCAAUUUCCUUUUGACAGUAUUUCUUGCUAUAACUCUCAUUGAUAUUUCAAUGAAACUAUUGUCAAAUCUGGAAUCCCUAGUUCCCUUCCUUAGUCUUCAAGACUUCAUCUCUUUAACUUAUAAAGACUGAGGGGUGCCCUGUUCUAGCCCUCUUUACCAAGUGAAAGGUUGUCUUUUGAGUUUUAUUGAAUCUCUAAAUCAAAGAUGUUUCAAGGAGAUUGCCCGCUUCCCCUAAAGUGAGGAUAGAUCAUAAACUCAUUUUUGAACCGUAAUAAAUUCAAAUUGCAAAAAUAGGUGCAAAGCCAAUUCAACCAUAUCCUAUCCUUACAUUCAUUAAGUGGCUUAACUAUUUGUGAAAGUCUCCAUGGAGUUGUGUUGAAAGUUUGACUAGGAAGCUGGUUUUGAGUACAACAAUUACAAACUUAUGGGUGCUCUUUGAGCAGUCUCAGUUGGAGAUUUGACACGCAGGCAUGGGAUGUAAAAUGUCAAGGCAGAUUUGACAACAGUUACAAAUUGGCAUGGAUGUCGUCAUUUCAAUUAUUCAUCUUUUGUGGUUUUCACAUUGUCAAAAGGAAGGAUUCAAUUUGUUGUAUGUUUAAUGCUCUUAUUGUGUUGACAAAAUGAGGUUUGGAUUUCACAUUGGAGACCACAAGUUUGGAUUGAA